CCACUGCACUCCAGCCUGGGUGACAUAGCAAGACUCUGUGUCAAAAUAACAACAACAGCAAAAGUUAUACAUGAAUUUUUGACUGCACGAGGUUCAGUGCUCCACGUUGUCCAAGUGUCAAUUGUACUGGGUCCAAAGGUAAGUCCUGAUGGCUUUGAAGCAGGAGAAAAACAGAUCAGGAGAAAAUCACGGUCAUAGUCAACAUCUUUUGAGCACUUUCUAAGUGCUGAUACUGUUCUAGUGCAUAAUGCUUAUUAUCUCAGUCAAUCCUCAGAGCAGCUGAGCAAGAUAAGUGAGGAGGAAACAGGCCUAGAAACUUACCAAGACCUCUAAAUGUGGGUGGCAGAAUGCAGAUCCAAGCUCAAAACAUCACCCUUGCUAUUCACAGUGUGGCCCACGGACCAGCAGCUGUGUCUUGUGGGAGCUUUUUAGAAAUGCAGAAUCUCUGCCUGACCCCAGAUCUUCUGGAUCAAGCCUGCACUUUCACAGGAUCCCCUAGUGAUCCCAGUGCACACUAAAGUUUGAACAGCACAGACGGCGAUUCGCCAGAUCAGCUGCACAUUGGAAUCACUUGAGGGAUUUCAAAAAUCCUUAGUGCCCAGGCCAUACACCCCUAGAUCAAUUACAUCUGCAUUUCUGGGCUGUGACCCAGGCAUCAGGAUUUUUCAAAAUUAUGCCUCUGUUGACACAGGGAGAGCAAGUUAACUCUUGCAGGGAGAACUGGGCUUGCAGGAGCCAGCCAGCUGCCAGCAGCUCUGCAGCUUUAAGAACUGGGGCGGGCUGGCUGCCGAGGAGAGCACGCUGCUGCAUGGGCCAUGUGAGCUCAGGCUGUGGGAGCGGAUGGAGCUGCCAUAGUCAGCGCUUAGGGCUGGCCCCAGCUUGUAGACCCGAGUCCUGCAGAACAACCCCCCAUGGCGCGGGCGAGCAGAAGAAAGGGGGCCUUUAUGCCCUUUUGAGGGAAGCACACAUUCUGCAAGGCCGUGGAAACAAAGAGAAGAACUGUUUGUAGCCCUCGUCCAGACGCCCCAAACAAACAGUAAGUCAGAAGGGAACAGAGCACAGCACAGUCCCUCCUUCUGCCCCAGGCGACACCCACCUUGCCCCGCCCCACCUAAGAAGCCCAAGGGUAUUCUGGGAGCCCACGGCAGGACAAUGGCAGGGCAAAACCAGUGAGCAAGGCAGAAAAUCCCCUGAAAUUCUCCACUGAGGCCCAACUGUUCCUCUCCUUGAAAAAUCAAGGCUUGGCUCAAGCCAGAUAGCACCAGAGGAUGGACGGAACACAUCAGGAGCCAGGUUACACCCUGUUUGACCCUGCCUUCAAAGGGAUGACUCUGUAAGAUUCUCUGCUGCUUAUUCAAGGUGACACAAUGCCCUUCACCCUCCACCUGAGGUCCCGCCUUCCCUCUGCCCUAAGGAGUUUGAUUCUACAAAAGAAACCAAACAUCAGAAAUACAUCCAGCAUGGCUGGGGAGCUCCGACCAGCCAGCCUGGUGGUCCUGCCCAGGUCCCUUGCUCCAGCGUUUGAAAGAUUCUGCCAGGCCAACACUGGUCCUCUGCCCCUGCUGGGCCAGAGUGAGCCAGAAAAGUGGAUGCUGCCCGCUCAAGGUGCUGUCUCAGAGACCAGGAUGGGCCAUCCCCAGUUCUGGAAAUACGAGUUCGGUGCCUGCACCGGCAGCCUGGCUUCGCUGGAGCAGUACUCAGAGCAGCUGAAGGACAUGGUGGCCUUCCUCUUGGGCUGCAGCUUCUCCCUGGAGGAGGCCUUGGAGAAAGCAGGGCUCCCCAGAAGAGACCCAGCAGGUCACAGCCAGGCAGCUGCAUACAAGACAACAGUGCCUUGUGUUACCCAUGCUGGCUUCUGCUGCCCUCUGGUGGUCACAAUGAGGCCCAUUCCCAAGGACAAGCUGGAAAGGCUGGUGCAGGCCUGCUGCUCCCUGGGGGGUGAGCAGGGGCAACCUGUUCACAUCGGUGACCCAGAACUGUUGGGAAUCAAAGAGCUUUCCAAACCUGCCUACGGGGAUGCCGUGGCGUGUUCCCCCGGGGAGGUUCCGGUGUUCUGGCCUUCUCCACUGACCAGUCUCGGAGCUCUCAGCAGCUGUGAGACCCCACUGGCUUUUGCCAGUAUCCCAGGCUGCACGGUUAUGACUGACCUGAAGGAUACAAAGGCUCCAGCUGGUUGUCUCACCCCAGAGAGAAUUCCAGAGGUCCAUCACAUUUCCCAAGAUCCUCUGCACUACAGCAUUGUGUCAGUGUCCGCUUCUCAGAAGAUCAGAGAACUAGAGUCUAUUAUCGGCAUAGACCCAGGGAACCGGGGGAUUGGACACCUGCUCUGUAAAGACGAGCUGCUGAAGGCCUCUCUCUCGCUGUCCCAUGCCCGCUCAGUGCUCAUCACCACUGGGUUCCCGACGCAUUUCAAUCAUGAGCCUCCGGAAGAGACAGAUGGCCCACCAGGAGCUGUUGCUCUGGCCGCCUUCCUGCAGGCCUUGGAGAAGGAGGUAGCCAUAAUCGUUGACCAGAGAGCCUGGAACUUGCACCAGAAGAUUGUCGAAGACGCUGUUGAGCAAGGUGUUCUGAAGACGCCGAUCCCGAUGUUAACUUACCAAGGUGGAUCAGUGGAAGCUGCCCAGGCAUUCCUGUGCAAAGAUGGAGACCCACAAACACCUAGAUUUGACCACCUGGUGGCCAUAGAGCGCGCUGGAAGGGCUGCCGAUGGCAAUUACUACAAUGCAAGGAAGAUGAACAUCAAGCACUUGGUUGACCCCAUUGACGAUCUUUUUCUUGCUGCGAAGAAGAUUCCCGGAAUCUCAUCAACUGGAGUCGGUGAUGGAGGCAACGAGCUUGGAAUGGGUAAAGUCAAGGAGGCUGUGAGGAGGCACAUACGGCACGGGGAUGUCAUCGCCUGCGACGUGGAGGCUGACUUUGCCGUCAUUGCUGGUGAGCACUUGGAUGGCUGCCCAGUCUGGCCGGCUACCCAGGGUGUUUCUAACUGGGGAGGCUAUGCCUUGGCCUGUGCACUCUACAUCCUGUACUCAUGUGCCGUCCACAGUCAGUACCUGAGGAAAGCAGUCGGACCCUCCAGGGCACCUGGAGAUCAGGCCUGGAUGCAGGCCCUCCCGUCGGUCAUUAAGGAAGAAAAAAUGCUGGGCAUCUUGGUGCAGCACAAAGUCCGGAGUGGCGUCUCAGGCAUCGUGGGCAUGGAGGUGGAUGGGCUGCCCUUCCACAACACCCACGCCGAGAUGAUCCAGAAGCUGGUGGACGUCACCAGGGCGCAGGUGUAACCGUCCAUGUUCCGUGUGAGCAGAGUCCCUACCAAUGGGCGGUUCUGCAUCCGGGGAGAAUGCAGCUGUUUCUGGCGACAAUCCUGCUAGUAAACACUGGUAUUCGGUGAGCAACGAACACUCGCCUGGCCUGGGAAACUGCAUGCCCACUUUCUGGGAGGGGUUAGUGUAAGUGCUGUGGACAAAGGACAACAUUUCUCUGGGGCUUGCCACAGGACAAUGCCUAAGGCUCUCAAGGCAUUGAUUUCAACCUUCCUUCACGCUGGCUUCUUCAGGCCACCCACGUGGUCUCCUGCGAGAAUCUUCUCGACAGUUACUUCUGGGGACAUUUGUGAGCAAUUAACUGUGAGGCAGAGCAUGAGAACAAAUAUUCCCAGGCCAUGUAGGACACUCCAGACUCCAGUCAUCCUCCCUCAUCUGUGGUUUCUGUUAAUCGUGUUCUUAGUUACUCAUGGCCAACUGCAGACCGAAAAUACUAAGUGAAAGAUUUCAGAAAUAAACAACUCCUAAGUUUUAAA